AUGCGUCGAUAUUGGGUCUUUUUUGAUGCCGCCUGCUUUGUGGUCAAGAACAACGACUGUCCAAAUCAGAAUGUUACCUUCUGGCUCUACAGCAACGCCACUCGCGAUGCUCCCGUCCAGCUAAAUCCCCUCGAUCUCAACCCCUGGGACUUUCAGCCGCCGCGUCCACUCAAAAUACUGCUGCAUGGCUACACAGGGCAUCGCGACUUUGCACCCAAUAAUCAUAUACGUCCCGUCCUCCUGGAUAACGAGGAUGUCUAUGUGAUUUCCAUAGAUUAUGCUCCUCUGGUCCGUUAUCCCUGCUAUGUUCAGGCGGUACAGAAUCUCCCAUUGGUCAGCAAAUGUCUCGCCCAACUCAUAAAUAAUCUGGAGACUCACGGCAUUGUGCAACACGAUCAGAUCCACAUCAUUGGCUUUAGCUUGGGUGGCCAGGUGGCUGGACAAACAGCCAACUAUGUGCAGCGCAAGUUGACCCGCAUCACGGGCUUGGAUCCCGCAAAGCCACUUUUUAUCCUGGGCAGCGAUAUGCGACGCUUGGAUCCAAGUGAUGCGGACUUUGUGGAUGUGAUACACACAGAUACUCUGGGUCGUGGCAUGCUGCGUCCCAUGGGGCAUGUCGAUUUCUAUCCCAACUUUGGGCCACUGCAGCCCGGCUGCAUGGAAGAGAAUCCCGAUGAUCCGGGUAGCUGCAAUCAUGAGCGUGCUCCUCGCUUCUAUGGCAAGUCCAUUAAUUCGACGCUGGGUUUUUGGGGUCGUCAAUGCGCCAGCUGGUUAGUCUAUCUCUUUGGUCUUUGCUCCACACGUGCACCGCAAGCACUGAUGGGUUAUCGUGUGUCUGAGGAAGUAAAAGGUGUCUAUUUCCUUAAGACGGACAGCAAACCGCCUUUUGCAUUGGGCAUGCAGGAGGAGGCGGAUAACACCAAAUACGUUGCAAAAUUCCAUUUCCAUUCGAAGCAUAAUGAAAUAGAAGAUGAUUACGAACCGGAAUGGGGUGAGACAAUUCCAGAACUGGAGUCCAAUGAUGUCGAGAUCAACGAACUGGAAAAGCAGUUGGUCUAUAAGGAGCAGGAGGCGCUUGAUGAGCCGCUUACUUGAGCUAAAUUGUGAUAGUAUUUAAUAAACAUUUAUACUGCCUACUAACGGAUCUAAUAAAGUUAAUUUAUAUAUU